AUGGCGUCGUCUCAAUUGCGAGCGGUCCAAACGUUGACGCGCAACUUGCGCGCAUCGAGCCGCACAUUCACCACCUCUGCGCGCCGACUCGAAGCUCCUACACCCGUUACCUCUACCAGCGAAACGGCCGCAGUGCUGGAAACCGACUCAAAAGCCAUCGGCCAGGCUCCCAACCGCGCCGCCGUCUGGUCUCGAAGCCAGAAGCCCCGAGCUACUGCCAUGACAGGCCCCCGUUUUGAGCAGACCGAUUUCAGCCUUCAGCCCCAACCUUAUUCAGCCAUGGAGUUGGUACACAAGGUGCCCGUUACAUGGACUCACGACCGCAUUGUCACAUGCAGCGGCGGCGGCGGUGCUUCUGGCCACCCCAGAAUCUUUAUUAACACCGAUAAGCCGGAGAUUGCUUCCUGCAACUACUGCGGCACUCCUUAUGCCAACGAGCACCACCGAAAACACCUCGAAGCUCUGCCGGAGACUUCCUACCCCUUAAAAUAG